UGUCUCUACUUUCUAAUCCUACACACAAGAACGACAGAGUAUCGCAAAGGCGAAAAUGAAUUAGUCAAAAGGGCCCUACAGAGGUCUCACGAGAAGUCGCAAAUCGAGAAACUCAAAGAAGCAUUCCUCGGUAAAGAGAAGUUCGACCAAGAUGCGUCUUUGAUCGAGUUACUCAAGACGAUUGCCAACGAAUACUUUCUCGGAUGCACGGCGAUCAUUCUGUACGAUAAUUAUACUCAAAAAGACGAUAGCUUGUUUUUGAAGACCCUUUUCAUAGAGUAUCCGCUAUUAUAUGCGCAUGCGCUGGUUGCCAGCGAGCAACACACCCGCAAUUUUGUAGGGAAUAGGGAGACAUGCGUAAACUUUCUGGUAUUUAUCAAAGAUGUGAUGAGAUGUCAGAAUUAUAUCGGCAAAAGAAAGGAAAAAGUUGUUGUUGUAGCCAAAUCUUCGCAAUGGAGGGUAAAGGAGUUUUUGGCCAGCGAAAAUUCUCAAGAUAUCCCCAAUUUGGUAAUAAUUGCCAAGUCGGAUCAGAUUAUUCGUGACACGGGAGAAUCGCCGUACAUACUAUACACGCAUAAUCUAUUCGUGGACGGUUUAGGUUCAAGCAAGCCAAUGGUGCUGACUUCGUGGUAUGGUGGAAAUUUUACUCGGCCAAUGAACCUUUUUCGGCCGAAAAUGAGGCACGGAGUAUCAGGCCACAGAUUCGUUAUAUCGGUGGCCCACCAACCACCGUUCGUUAUCAAACAGCAAACAAACAAUGACGAACAAGAAUACGAGGGCAUCGAAAUUAGGUUAAUAGAGCUGCUUGCCGAGAUGUACAAUUUUACGAUAGAUUACAGGGAAGCACCAAACGCGAAGCUCUUAGGAGCUGCAGAAGCGGUCUUAAAAACGAUCGAAACAAACACCGUUAAUUUAGGACUUGCUGGGUUGUACAUUACAGAUGACCGCUAUAAUUCGGGAACAUUUGAGUGGCAUUCUGAAGACUGCGCCGCGUUCGUAUCCCUUACAUCCACGGCACUGCCGAGGUACCGUGCUAUAAUGGGACCAUUUAGAUGGACCGUAUGGUUGACUCUAACUUUGGUCUACAUGUUCUCCAUUCUUUUGUUCUCGUUUUCCGAUAAACUGACGUUGAGGCAUCUGAUAACAAACCCCGAAGAAUUAGAAAACUUAUUUUGGUAUAUGUUCGGCACGUUCACCAAUUGUUUUACCUUUACCGGGAAAAAUUCGUGGACAAAGGCAGACAAAUUAACCACAAAACUACUAAUAGGAAUAUAUUGGAUGUUCACGAUAAUAAUAACCGCGUGUUAUACAGGGUCGAUCAUAGCUUUCGUGACCUUGCCGGUAUUUCCAACGGUCGUGGAUACUAUUGACCAGCUUAUAGCCGGUCGAUUUGAUAUAGGGAUGUUAGACAAAGGAGGCUGGCAGAACUGGUUUCACAACUUAACAGACGCGAGAAGUAAAAAACUUUUACAGCAGCCUGAUUAUGUACCGAACGUCGAAAGUGGAUUCAAGAACGUGACUAAAGCGUUUUUUUGGCCUUACGCCUUUUUGGGCUCUAGGGAACAGUUAAAAUACAUCGCCAAGACCAAUUUUACUAUAGAGGGCAAACGAAAUUUGCUUCACAUCAGUUCGCAGUGUUUCGCAACUUACAAAGUCGGUAUUUUAAUUCCGACGGAUUCAGUAUACAAGAACCUCGUCAAGCGAGGAAUACGAUUGGCUUUUGAGUUUGGACUUGUAGACAAAAUGAAAUCCGAUGUUGAAUGGAAAAUGAUGCGCAGUUCAACCGGAAAACUGCUGGCGGCCAACUCAAAAACGGGCCUUAGAUUUCUUAGCACUGAAGAUAGAGCUUUGACACUAGACGAUACUCAGGGAAUGUUUUUGCUACUCGGAAUGGGAUUUUUAAUAGGAGGUGGAAUUCUGAUGUCUGAGUGGUUUGGUGGUUGUUUGAAGCUAUGUAAGAAGAAUAGCGACGGAAGCUCAUCAGGUAACAGCUCCAUUCCCAGCAAUCCCAGAUUCCAUGAACGACAAACUCCGAGAGCACAUAAUUUAAAGUCUGAAUCAAUUGAACAUCUAAUAAAUGGAGACUCGUUAGUUGAAUCGACGGACAGCCAUUCUGAGUCUAAUUACAGUGAAGAAAUAAGUAAAAUUUUCGGCGAAGCAUUACAAAAUCACGUGUCCGAAGACGAUACAGAGUAAAUUGUUACAAAACUUUGCGGAAUAGCAAACGAGUCAUAAUGUCUCACUUUUCUCAUUUAUUUUGUGUUUAAAACCACCUAAUCAAUAAAUAAAAAAUGGUACUUCAAUAAAAAUACGAAACAAUUUAUUUCGAAUAUAAACAACGAGAAAGGAUUAUUUAAAAUUUUGUAGUAAACAUUUUUUAGGCCUUUAUAUAGGCAAA